AUGGAAGAGAUAUUGAUGAAGUUAGGAGAUGAUCAUCUCCCAGAGCAUGCAAGAGACUCCUAUAUUGAAAGCAUCAAGGUGAUGAUAGAUUCACAGGAGGAAACUUGUGACCCCAUACUCCAGUAUGCAUGUGAAUGGUUUUUUUCUGGAAAUCCACCUUUGGAGAACACUGGGAAGGGUCUUAUUGAGAGAUGUUUUUUGCAACAUCCUAGUCUCCUUGCUAAGCAUGCAGAAUCUCCUGUGCUAGUGAAACUGAUGGACCUUGAUAAGUCCACCAACCCAGUUUGGUUCAUAUCUAUCUUCAUGCACACUGUGAAGAAGCAUUGUAACAGAGAAGAUCCCAAAUGGAUGCAGCUCCUGUACAGCUUCCAGCCUCAUGUUAUGAAAACUAUGAUGUUCUUGAGGGGUGAUGAAGAACUCUUCCGCAGACUUUCAUCUCUCAUGCUUCAGCACCCAGAGAUCAUACCAGAUAGAGAACACCUUUCAGCAUUGUGUGAAGUCUUGAUCAAUUUCCUUGCCUCCUUUCCCCCACCUGAGGGCAACCCAGGAAAGUACCACAUGGUUGCAGACCAUUUACAGCCUGUAGUGGAGCUUGCUGUUCAUCUUAUCAAGGACUCUCAGCAUCAACCAAACGUUUUUGCUUGCUUACAGAUGAUUUCCAACCAACUCAUGAAAGAUGCAGGUCUCCCGUCUCCAGUCCUGAGCUUACUUUUAGAUGCAAUAUCACGAGAUGAUAUGUCUGCAUACCUUGAAGUGGUCUUCCACAAUGCUCUCAUUCAAGAUGUCCACUUAGAAAGGACUGUCGAGAAUCUGUGUCAAUGGCUCAUCAUCUUUCCCAGAUCUGCCUCACUUCAUAUUUUGGUUGUGGACUUUUUGACAGCUCUGGCCCAAGCAAAAAAAUACUCACUUCUUGUCAGAGUCAUCAAUUCAAAAAUAGAAACUGCACUUACUCAAUAUCCGGCAGUCAUUGAAGCUCUCAAAGCUGAGAAAAGCUCUUCAAGUAAAGACUUUCUAAGCCAGGUCCUGAAGAUACUGAAGGCGCAGUUGGGUGUGAACUUUGGUUUCCCCAAGAUAUAUGAUCCUCUAGACAAAUUAAUUCCUGAAAGCGUGAGUGUUGACCCGGGCUGGAUCCACACCCAGUUGGAGCGAUGCAAAUGGUUGCCUCGCAGUAAAUUUGCUUACGAUGUUGUGAGUGGCCGCCUGGGUUUACUUCGCUCCGAAACGGGAAAAGCUGGCCUCGCCAACUUGGGCAACACAUGCUUCGCGAAUUCAGUUCUGCAGGCUCUGUUUCUCACAGAUCGCUUUCGCAAUGCGGUCCUUCAGUCGCACAGAGUCUCUGGGUCUCACUCUGUGUUGCAUUCCCUUCAGAAAGUCUUUGGCUUCCUUGCGUACUCACCCCGGGAUGAAUAUUCUCCCGAUGAGUUCAUUCGAAGCGUCGUGUCGCAAUAUCACGAGGUCGGGGUCAUGCACGACUGUGCCGAGUUCCUACGUUAUCUCCUGGACCAUCUGCACGAAGAGGAGCACGGGUGCAACAAGGUCACGCUGCAGCAGCGAACGAUCAUUCGAUCGGGAGAGGACGAUAGCGAUUCUAUGGACGUCGAUGAGGAUUCCUCCAGUGCCAAGCUGAAGCGUUGGACGACGGAAGAGAACCUGUCGGAGGAAACCGCCAUGUACUUUCUGCGGUCGCGUACCAAGCUGGGAUGCGGGGACAGCCCUGCAGCCGACGUCAAGUCGUCCUCCAAGGACAGUGGGAUUUCUUCGCUGGGAGAAGCUUGCACGUCGGAGAAGCCUGACCCGCAAUUAUCUACCCUCGUUCAUCAGUGCUUUGGUGGGAUCCUUCAUUCUGUGAUUGAGUGUCGCUCGUGCGGCACAAAAUCUGUGAUGCAAGAACGUUUUCGGGACUUGGUCCUUCACUUCCCGGAGGAGGUGCGCGAUGACAACGAGGUGCGCCGGGCCACACGCCAGGCCACACGAAUCCUUCAGCAAACCAAAGAAGUUCAGUUGCAGGAUCUCAUCAGUGAAAGGUUUCAACCAGAACAUCUUCGAGGAGAGAAUUCGUAUAUGUGUGACCACUGCGAGGAGAAGAGGGAAGCGCAGCGCACGUUGCAUCUCAUCCAGGCUCCCAUUCACCUCAUCCUCACACUGAUGAGAUUUUCAUUCAACAGUCAGACUCUCCAGGGCUCGAAGAUUCUCACCGAUGUCAUCAUUCCUCCCCAGAUCGAACUGCCGCUCUUCACCUCUGGCAGUGAUUCUCCCGUCAUGGCAGCGCCGUCACCGUCAUACCAUCUCUACGCAACCAUCUUCCACUCUGGCUACAGUCUGGACACGGGACAUUACUACUGCCAUGGGAGGCAUUCUGAAUUAGCCAGUGACGAUUGGUUCCUUCUCAAUGACAGUCAAGUGACCCCUGAAUCUCUCGAAUCCCUCAGGGGUUUCUCCAAGCCCUUGCAGAGUGAUUCUAGCUAUGUUCUGUUUUAUCGAAAGAUGGAAGGCUCGGUCUCGGAUGUGGCCUUUCCCUACGGCUGGAUUCCCGAGUCCCUGAGAGGAGAAAUAGAGAUAGAUUCUUUCAAAUACCUCAAAGAGCAGGAAAGGAUGAGUCCUUCAUCGCUCAACAUCGGUAAGACCUCAACAAAGAAGCGCGAUAAUCACGACAAGGAUGACGACAGCGAAGGACGCGGGAGGAAGCAUUUCCCGCCUCUAUGUGGCAUGGGUGAUAAUGACCUUCAAAGUGAUGGCGGGCUCAAUGCGGCGUCCCGAUUCAUAUUCUGA